AAUGUAAUAAUAAGGAUAAGGCAGUACCAUUUAAGAUUUCAAUGUGCUAGAAAAACUUGGAGAAGGAUCCUUCUCUUCAGUUUAUAAGGUAUGAAAGAUAUGUUCAUUUAGGUGUAACGGAAAUCGGAUGGACAAUAUUAUGCUAUGAAAAAAGUCAAUAUAUCUCAGUAGACAUAUAAAGAGAGAGAGAAUGCCUUAAAUGAAAUUCGUAUAUUGGCAUCACUUGACUCUCCUUAUAUUGUUGAAUUCAAAGAUUCCUUUCUUGAUUCUGAAGGAAAAACGCUGUAUGUAAUAAUGGAAUUUGCAUCUGGCGGAGACCUAAAUAGUUUAUUGAAGUAAGGAAAAGUCAAAGGAGGAGUUGAAGAAACAGAAAUCUGGAGAGUGUUAACACAAAUAACAAUUGGAGUCAAAAUGCUCCAUGACAACAAUAUUUUACAUCGAGAUUUAAAAUUGGCGAAUGUCUUCAUUGGUAAAGGUCCAGAAGGAAACAUAUACAAAAUUGGUGAUCUUAACAUCAGUAAAGUAACACAUGGAGCCAAUGCUAGAACAUAAGCAGGAACACCAUGUAUAAUAAUAAUUCCCCUAAUUUUAAUUAGAUUAUGCAUCUCCAGAGGUUUGGAAAGGUGAACAAUAUUCAUGGCCUUGUGAUAUUUGGUCAAUUGGUUGCAUCAUUUAUGAAUUAGCAGCCUAAUAACCUCCAUUUAGAGCAGCUGAUCUCCAAUCAUUAAGUAGAAGAAUUUAAACUGGUGUAUAUGAUCCAAUUCCAGGGAAAUAUAGCAAAGAUUUAUCUGAAGUCAUAAAAAUGAUGUUAUAGGUUGUUCCUCGUAAUAGACCCAGUUGUGAUGCCAUUCUAAAAAACCCUAUAGUUAUAAGAAAUAGUGGUUCAUUACUUGUUGAAGAGGAAGUUGGAGGAAAGAAAGUAGCUAAACUCUUACAAACCAUUAAAUUACCAUAUAACCUUAAACAAUUGAAAGGCAAUCUUCCUAAAGCUAAUUAUGAAAACAAAAUAAAAAGAUCAAGUUCAUAAUCUGGAAUAAGAGUCAAUACUGAUAUCAGUUAAACACCUUAACCUGCUAGAAAACUACCAGAAGAGGUAAAACCUCCUCAACAAGUGUAAAAACCUCCUUAAUAAUAAUAAUAAUAAUAAUAAUAACCUUAAGGAUAAUAAGUGAAUAAACCUCCUCUAUUAAAACCUCCUAUGGCUUAACCACCAAAACCAUAAUAAGCUCAGACUCCUUAAUAAUUGUAUAAUAAAGUACAAUAAUAAGAAUAGAGAUUACUCGGAUAACAAAAGUAAUUAUUAAUAGAUUUAUAAUUUAGAUAUUCCAAUGUUCCAUAUCAACCAUAAUAAUAGAUUACUCCAAGAGCAUAGUCUCCAAGAGGAAAUCUUUAGCAGAGUAAUUAAAAAGGAGCUGCUGGUAUGCCAUCUGGAAUGAGAAGACAAUAUAGUGCUGGUCCAAUUGGAAGAAGAUGA